AUGUCCACUUCACUCCCGCGCCCAAAACGGGCCGGCGAAGACUACACGCGCACCCACCAUCAAGAAGACCUCGACGAUUCCGGCCCCUCCAAAAAACCACGAUUCGACUUGCGAAACCCGUCAACGCUCGCCCCUGACGCACUAGAUGAUGAUGCAGUACUGGAUGCAGACGAGAUUGGUCGGCGCGGACAACAAGUCCGCCGGAAAGCCGUCAACCUAGAUGGCUACGAAUCAGACAGUGACAACGAAGGCUUCGAUGCGCGGUCGUCGAACAAAGCACGCAAGAACGAAGCGAAACAGGAAGCGGACGACGAUGAUAUGUUUGCGGAGCUGGAGGAGGACUUUGGCGCUGAGGAUAUAGAUGGCGAUGAAGCGCUACGGAAGAACAAGAAGAACGUGCGGUUUCUACGAGACGACGAGAUCGAGGGACAGGUCGCAUCGUCAAAGAGCGGGCGGACAUUACGCGUGGACUUGAGCCAGGGCCCUGAUGAAGUUAAUAUUGACGAAGACGAGAGUGAAAGUGACGUAGCGGAGGAAGACCGUGCGAGAGUUGAGAGCGGCAUGGACGAGGAGCUAGGCGCUGGGUCGAAGAAGAAACAUGCGCCGUUACUGGAUGCAUUUAAUAUGCGGACUGAACAAGAAGAGGGUCGAUUCGAUGAACAAGGAAACUACGUCCGAAAAGCGGCGGAUCCUGAUGCCAUACACGAUUCAUGGCUGGAGGGAGUGUCGAAGAAGGAAAUCCGACUCGCUAAGGAGGCAGCCGAUAAGCGAGAGGCCGCAAGGAAAGAGAAGGACCGCGCAGACGACAGUGUGUUGACAUCUGACGCUCUCAGAGUGCUCAUCAUCCGGCUACAGCGUGGCGAAACCGCAUUGGAUGCGCUGGCAAGGAUAGGAAAGGGUGCGCCGAAGAAACCGAAAUGGCAAACGAAGCGGAAUAAAAAUUCAAAGGGUGAUCAAGAUACAGAAAUGAAGGAAGAUGAUCCUAAGGAAGCAGCGCGGAAACAGGCGAUCGAAGCCGUCACUGGCGCAGCAGACAUCCUGAUGACGAGAGGGCAGGCUGAAAUCUACGACACUGAACGAGAGAUGCUCACCCGGCAAUAUCGCCGCGAGACUGGCGAGGACUGGGUCGACCCCCCACAGCAUACAGACACAGCAACUGAAGAUGCCGGACAGGCGAUGUGGGAGUACCGCUGGUCUGAUGCCCGUGACGGUGGCGCUGUACAUGGUCCUUACGAUGGCACUACCAUGGAGUCGUGGAAGGGCGCAGGCUACUUCGGGGAAGGCGUUGAGUUCAGGAAAGUUGGGGAUACCGGAGAUUGGGAUAGUAACGUGAGCUUUGUAUAA